AUGAGCGACUUCGACGACGCCGCGCCCGAAACGUGGACGGUCGUGCACGGCCCGCGCGUCGCCGUGCGCGGCGCGCCGUCCACGGACGCGCCCUGCGUGGGCCUGCGGAAGCGCGGCGACGUGCUGGAGCCCCUCGCCGUCGUCGACGGGUGGCUGCAGCUCGCCGCGGGCCAGUACGUGCUCAUCGACGGCGCGCCGCUCGGCUUCGGCCCGCUCGUCGCGCGGGACGGCGCGGCGCUCACGCUGCGGGCCUUGAACCCGCACGACGGGACGCCCUUCUGCGACGUCGCGUGCGCGCCGACGACGACGAUCCUCGAGGUCCGGCGGAAGAUCGCCGCAACCGCGCACGCGACGACGGGCAAGUCGCUCACCUUCGAGCGCAUCGAGUGCGGCCGGGGCCCGACGUCGGAGCGGCGCGUCAUGGCCACGGCGCAGAACCGGCUCCGCGCGGGCGACGGGAGCCUGCUGCCGUCGCGGGGCGCGAGCGGCGCGGCCUUCGAGCCCUUCCGCGACGGGGACACCGUCGCCGCGUGCGGCCUGCGCGACGGCGACGUCGUCGGCGUGCGAUACGACGGCGACGCGGGCUUCGACCUCGGGCUCCGCCGCGCGCCGGGCCGGCGCGUCAUGUACCGCCACGACGCCGACGGCUUCCCCAUCUACGACGACGCCGCGACGCCGCGCUUCUGGAUCGACAACGGGCCCCUCGCGGCGUCGAGCGCGUCCUUCGUCGCGCGCCUCGUCGUCGACUUCAUGCUCGCCAAGGGCUGGGAGCCCGCGACGGACGAGCGGGGCCGCUUCGUGCGCGGCGAGGACGCGACGCGCGACUUCUUCAGCCAGACGGACUUCUGCUACAUCCGCUCGGCGAAGCGCUUCGGCGGCGACGUCGCGCCGCUCGACCACCCGUUGAAGGCGACGCCGUCGCUGUCCGCGCGCCACCUCGUGAACCACUUCCCCGGCGAGGACGCGCUGACGUGCAAGGCGCGCCUCGCGCUCGCGCUCAUGCGCCACGUGAAACGGCCGCGGCACCCGGCGACCUGCGUCUGCAAGCGGUCGAGCCCCCGGGGGUCGCCGGACGUCGCCUUCGCCGUCGUCGGCGGCGACCUCGGCUCGGUGCUCGCGGCGGCCGCGGCGCCCGGCGGCGAGGCCGUCGUCAUCGUCAAGCCGUCGCGGGGCGCCUGCGGCCGGGGCAUCAAGGUCUUCCGGUUAGAGGCCGCCACGGACGCGCUCGAGGAGGCGCUGAAGAGCUCCUUCGGCGACACGCGCGAGGUCGUCGUCCAGUCGUACGUCGCGCGGCCCUUACUUUUGGACGACGGCCGCAAGUUCGACGUCCGCUGCUACCUGCUCAUCGUCUCGCUGCCCCUGCGGGACCGCGAGGGCGGCGCGGACCGCGCGGGCCUGCUCUGCUACUUCCACGAGGGCUACCUCCGCGCGUCGGGCCGGCCGUUCCCGGGCGUCGGCGCGGCCGGCGGCGGGCGCCUCGUCGAGCUCGACCGCGAGGCCCACGUGACGAACCACACGUUCCAGAAAAAGAUCGAGGGCUACGACGCCGACGCCGACGCCGUCGGCGACGGGUCGCUGCGCCUGCCGUGGGCCGCGCUCGGCGACGUCGUCGAGCGGCGCACGGCGAAGACGCGGCGCGGCCUCGACGCGUCCUUCCGCGACGCCGUCGCCGACGCCGUCGGCGCGGCGCUCAAGGGCGACCGCGGCGGCUCGACGCGCGCGCGGAGCAACAGGACGGACUUUUUGAGCGACGACUGGCGGCCGGGCCAGUUCGCGUUCCUCGGCGUCGACUUCAUCGUCGACGACGCCGGCGAGCCCUACCUCAUCGAGUUCAGCAAGGGGCCGGGCAUCCGCGACACCCCCCAGUUUCUCUACGACCAGAACGUCAAGCUCAUCCCGGACAUGCUCGCCAUGGUCCUCGCGGCGCGCGGCCACUGGCUCCAGGCGGGGCCCGUCGACUUCGGCUGCGGCGGCCGCGACGGCGACCCGGCGGACGCCCUCGCCGACGCCCUCGACCCCGUCCGCGGCGGCUGGGCGCCGAGCAAGAGCCUGCCCGAUGUGCGCUUCAUGGAGCCGGAGUCGCCGGAGGCGCCGGGCCUGCGGGUGAGGAGUUAUAGCUACGGCGGCACGUCCCGCCCCCUGCGGCUGUCGCGGCGCGACAUGUCGCUCGCGGACGCGCGCGCGGAGUUCGAGCGCCGCGACGGCGGCUGGCCGCGGAUGCUCGUGGGCUUCGCGCUGGGCCUCGCGGCGUCGCUCGGCGCGUCGGUCGUCUUCGGCUACGCCCGGGGGCCCAGGCCGGUCGCGGGGACGAUCGGCGACCCCAUCGACGGCGGCGCGUACGCCGCGGUCGUCGUCGGCGCGGGCCCCGCGGGCUCCGUCGUCGCCGCGCGGCUCGCGGCGCGCUUCGCCGGCACGGAGAAGCGGGUCCUGCUCCUCGAGAGCGGCGGCGGCUCCCAGCGCGUGCUCGGCGGCUCCGACUGGCUGUUCAGAGACCGAACGGUCUUCGACGUGCCCUUGGCGUGGUCCUACGUCGCGAAGCUCCCGCGCUACCUCUGGUCGUUGCCGGGCUUCUUCCUCGCGCGCGCCGUCGGCGGCUGCGGCGUCCACAACGCCAUGCUCUACGUGCGCGCGCUGCAGAGCGACGUCGAGGGCUGGAACUGCAGCGACUGGACGUGGCCCGCCGUCGAGCGGCGCUACCUCGAGAUGGAGGACUGGCAGGGGGACCAGGGCGAGGUGGACCAGGGCUGGGCGCCGGCGUCCGUGGGCAUGGGCACGCCGCCGCACCACGCCGUCGGCGGGCCCCUGGCGACGUCGGGCGCCCUCUACCGCGACCUGCUCGCGCGGAAAUUUUUAGAGACGGUGACGUCGCCGGCCUACGGCCGCGCGCUCCCGCGGAACUUCGACUUCAACGACCCGGACGGCGGCCGCGUGGGGGCGGGCUACUACAGCUUCAACAUCCGCGACGGCCUGCGGGAAUCCGCGGCGGCGGCGAUGCUCGGCGGGACCGCGCGCGGCCCGCGCAAGGGAAGGGGUUCGGCCGCCGCGGACGCUCCCGGCCUGGACAUCCGCGCGGGCGCGACGGUGACGAAGCUGCGCUUCGGGCCGCCGGACGCCGCGGGGGACCGGGCCGUCGUCGGCCUCGACGUCGCGCUCGGCGCGGACGGCGACGCGGGCCCCCCGCCGCGGACCGCGCGCGUCGCGCUCGGCGACGGCGCGACGGUCGUCCUCGCCGCCGGCGCCGUGCUCACGCCGCACCUGCUCCAGCGCGCCGCGGCGUCCCGCGGCCGUUUCGAGAGGCGCAGCGGCGUCGGCGACCGGGACACGCUCGAGGCCGCGGGGUUGGAGACGAUCGUCGCGAACGACGGCGUCGGCGUCGGGCUGCAGGACCACCCCGCCGUCGCCGUCGUCUACGACGUGGACCCGGCGCUCACGGCGGACAUGGCGGGCCUCUACGGCCGCUUCCUCAACUGGACGCGGGGCAAGCCCUUCGGUAGCUACUCGCGCGCGUUCGGCUACCCGGGCUUCUCCGCGGGCGCGUUCCUGCACAGCGGCGGCGACGAGGCGAAACCGCCGGACCUGCAGCUCACGGUCUUCCCCGUGCGCAUCGAGCCCCACCUCGAGGAGCGGCGCGAGGGCCGCGCGAGCGCCGCGCGCGUGCGCUUCGACCAGGCCAUCGUCACCGUCGCCGUCGUGCGCCCGGACACGGCCUACGCCGUCGUGCCCGGCGGCGCCGGGCCGACGCUCGAGCUCCUGCCGCACCGCGUGCCCUACGCCGACGGCGGCGGCAUCGACGACCGCGACGUCGCGCGCCUCGCGGCCGGCGUCCGCCGCGUCCGCGAGAUCUUCGCGCGCGCGCCGCUCCGCGACUUCGUGCUCCGCUGUGUGCUCCGCGAGGACGAGCCGGGGAGCGAGCCGGGCGACCUCCACGCCUGGGUCCGGUCCCACUUCACGGCGAACAGCCACUGGUGCUGCUCCGCCCACUUCGGCGCCGGCGGCGCGCUCCGACCGCGCGACCUCCGCGUCCGCGGCGCCGCGAACCUCCACGUCGCGGACUCGUCCUCGUUCCCGGCGAUCCCGAACGGCAACGUCCACAGCACCGUCGUCGCCGUCGCCGCGGAGGCGGCGGAGCGGCUCGCCGACGGGAUCCUGGGUGUCGUCCCUCGCUGGUCGUCCCUCGCUGGUCGUCCCUCGCUGGUCGUCCCACCCACCAUGGCUCCGAAGCGCAAGGGCGGCACGCCCAAGCAGGAGGCGUCGAAGAAAAAGAAGGCGCCGGCGAAAUCGACGGCGAAAAAGCGCCCCGCGCCGGCGUCGGCGGCGCAGGUCAAGACGGAGGCGCCAACCUCGGCGCCGUCGACCAAGAAGGCCAAGGCGCCGAAGAAGGUCAAGGCCGAAGCGCCGCCGCCGCCGCCGCCGCCACCGCCGGCUCCGCCGACGAUCGCCUUCGGGUCCGGCGCCGCGCGGCAGCCGCACCGCGCGGGCGAGCCGCGGGCCGGGAACCGGCCGGGCGUGUCGCGGCCGUUCGGCCUCCACCGCGUCGACGCCGCGGACCGCGCGGCGCUGGCCUGGGAGGGCGAGCUGUCGGGCGUGCUCUCGGCCCAGUGCAUGGCCGAGGACGCGGAGCCGUGCCGGCUCCUGGGCACGAGCCUCGUCGCCUUCGACGUCGCCGCGGGCGGCGACGCCGGCCGGGAGCUCCGCGACCUCUGCCGCGCCGUGAACCCGACGGCGAAGGCGACGCGGACGCACUACGGCGUCGAGCGCUUCAACGCCGACGGCGAGCCCGGCAAGGACAAGGACGAGGCGACGACGACGGUGAAGCGGCUCCUCGACAAGGUCCGCCAGGGCAAGCUCCUCGCGCGCGCCGCGGCCGCGGUGCCGUUCCUCGAGGCCGCGCACGGCCUCAUGGCGCCGGCGCACCUGCCGCACAAGGCGCCGUGCCUCCGCUGCGUCUGCGUCGCCGCGCGCGGCGCCGGCGGCCUCGACGUCGAGGUCCGCGUCUACGCGACGCGGCUCCUCUUCUACCUCAUCGCCGACGACGCGGUCAAGGCCGUGCUCAACCACAUCGCGCCCGCGGGCGCCGUGCUCCGCCGCGAGGCGCCGCCGCCGACGGCGGACCUCUUCGUCACGUCCGGCGCCGCGGCCGCGGCGCCCUUCACGCUCGAGGGCGUCAUGCGGUCCGCGGAGCACUGCGGCGGCCCCGAGGACGCGCAGCCGGCGGAGAUCGCGCUGCCCAUGAAGCCCUACCAGCUCAUGGCGCUCCGCUGGAUGCGGUCCAUGGAGGAGCUCGACCGGGGCCUCAACGGCCUCUUCUGGGAGCGGCGCGACUUCGUCGACGGCGGCUGCUUCUACUACGCGCCGGACCUCGGCGAGGCGAGGCUCGAGGCGCCGCCGACGGUCCACGGCGGGCUGCUGUCCGACGAGAUGGGCAUGGGCAAGACCCUCGAGAUGCUGAGCCUCGUCUGCGCGCGGCCCGCGACGGCCGCGGCGCUCGCGGCCGCGGACCUCGCCGCGGACGAGCGCGAGGCGCCGGACGACGGCGCGGCGAAGCCCCUCGCGGCGUCGCGGGCCACGCUCCUCGUGCUCCCGCCGGCGCUCGUGUCGCAGUGGCUCGACGAGAUCCGCAAGUCGACGGUCGCGCCGGGCCCCCGGGUCGCGUGCUUCGUCACGGACGAGGACCGCAAGGCCCUCGUGCCCGAGCGCUGCGACCUCCGCGGCGCCGGCGGCAAGAAGGCGACGAAGCGCGAGUUCUUCGUCCAGCGCCGCGCGGCCCUCGAGCGGCUCGCGGACCACGACGUCGUCGUGACGACCUACAACGCGCUGACGGGGCCCGUCUACGACAAGCGGCGUGGCGCGAACAACGGCGACGCGCAGCCGCUGAGCCAGAUCCACUGGCACCGCGUCGUCCUCGACGAGAUGCAGAUGGUGUCGUCGCCGAACACGGUGCUCGCGCGGACGUGCGCGGACCUCUGGGCGUCGUCGCGGUGGAUGGUGAGCGGCACGCCGCUCUGCGACGGCAUCCUCGACCUCAACGGCGAGCUCCGGUUCCUCGGCGUCUACCCCUUCAGCCUCUCCGACGCGUCCGACGGCUUCUGGCACCACUGCGUGCAGCGGCCCUGGGACCUCCGGGACCCCGCGGCCCUCGAGCGCCUCGAGCUGCUCCUGCGCACGGUCGCCAUGCGCCACUCCAAGGGCCAGGUCUACGCGUCGGGCGACCUCGAGGGCCGGCCCAUCCUCGAGCUCCCGAGCCGGAGCGACGGCGUCGUCGCCGUCGACGUCGGCGAGUCGUCCGAGGCCGUCGUGCUCCGCGCGCUCGGCGCCGUCGCCGGCGCCGUCGUCGACCAGCUCCCCGCGCCGGGCGCCGGCGCCGCGGCCGGGUCCGGGGACAAGGCCGCGAGCGCCGUCCGCGAGCGCGCGCUCCGCGUGCUCCGCCACGCGUGCGUCGGCCUCGCGGGCAAGCGAGGCGCCGCCGCGCCGGCGCUCACGGACGCCAAGGACGUCGACGAGCUCCUCCGCUUCUACAACCGGAACGUGCGCGGCGUCCACGCGGGCGCCGACGGCCAGUCCGCGGGCCUGCUCCAGUACGCGCCGCCCGUCGUCUCCGCGGGCGAGGCCAUCGCGCGCCUCGCGGCCGCGGACCGCAACGCGGGCGACCGGCGGCGGGACCGCGCGCGCGCCGAGGGCGCCGGCGCGCGGCAGCGCGAGGCGGACCGCUGGGCGCGGCUCCGCGAGGAGAACCUGCGCAAGUACGACGGCGACCCCGCGUUCGCGGCGCGGUGCGACGGCAUCUACGGCGACCGCGAGGCCUACGACGACUACCUCACGAGCCGCAUCGGCCGCGAGGACGCCUUCGCCGUCGGCGACGCGCACGCCGUCGCCGCCGGGGGCGCCGCAGGCCGCGCGCGCGCGUCCGAGCGCACGCUCACGAUGCUCACGAUCCAGCAGCGCCUCGACGAGGUCCGCGGCCUCGCGGCGGAGCUCGAGCAGUCGCGCCGCGACUCCAAGGCCCGCGCGCGCCGCGCCGCGCUGCUGUGGACGCUCGCGCGCUUCGCGCUCGGCCACGGCGACGACUUCCUCGUGUCGGACCUCGCCGACGCCGACGGCUUCGACGACGCGGCCCGCGCCUUCGCGCUGCGGCGCCGCCGCCGGGCCUGCGCCGCCUUCGUCGUCGAGCGCGCGCUGCCCGGCGCCGAGGUCGCCCGGGCGCUCGCGAGGCGCGGCGCCGAGGACCUGCCGCUCCUCGAGCGGUUCGCGGCCCUCGACGACGACGUCGACGGCGGCGGCGCCGUCGCGGCCGUCGGCCUGCUGACCAAGGAGGUCGGCUGGAAGAAAGCCCGCGACGCGACGCGCGAGGCCGCCGACGAGGUCGCCGCGAACGCGCUCAAGCUCGUCGCCGUGCGCCAGCUGGCGCUGCGCGUCGAGGCCUCGGCGCGCGACUGCCGCCGGCGCCGCGACGCGGCCCAGGAGGCCGCGGCGACGGCCCACGCGGCCGUCGCCGCGGACGAGGCGGCGCACGGCGCCGCGGGCGGCGACGACCGCGCGUCGCUCCUCGCGGUCGCCAAGGCCGCGGACGCCGCCGCGGAGCGCGCCGCCGAGGGCACCGACCGCCGCGGCGAGGCCGCCACGGCGGCGUCGGCCGCGGACGCGGCCAAGGCGGCGCUCGUCGCGGCGCGGUCCGGCGACGCCGACGACUCGCUCGCCGUCCUCGAGGACCGCGCGCUCGCCGGCGCGCGCGCCGGCCGCCUCGCGGAGCGCGACUACCUCCGCGCGCUCGAGGAGAUGGGCGAGGACGCGACGCCCGCGCAGAAGCGGGCCGUCGACGAGCUCGCGCGCGCGCACGCGCCGGAGCACACGCCGGAGAUCGUCGCGCUCCUCGGCAAGUACGCCAAGAACGGCCCGCCGGCGGUGCAGAAGCCGCGCAAGUGGACCGCGCUCUCCGCGGACGCCAAGAAGGCCCGCGGCGGGGACCGCGCGGCCUACGAGCGCGACACGGCGGCCGCCUACGACGCGGCCAAGCGGGUCGCCGACGAGCAGCGCGCGGUCUGGCGGCCCGUGCACCAGGCCUACGUCGAGCGCCGCGCCGCGCUGCUCGCGACGUUCCCCGUCGAGGCGCGCGCGUUCUUCGCGAACCGCGGCUCCGCGGCCGGCGCCAUCAAGGUCCAGCUCUCGGCGCGCGUCGCGCAGCAGGGCCUCAAGGACCUCGCGCGCCUCGAGGAGGAGCGGAGCCCGCCCGAGACCAAGUGCCCCGUGUGCUACACGACCUGCGACUCGUCGCCGGCGGCCGCGCCGAGCGCGCGGAGCCUCUGCUACACGGGCUGCGUCCACGCGACGUGCUACGGCUGCGCGCAGCAGCUCGUGCUCACGGGCGGCGUGGACCAGGCCGUCCGCCGCGGCGUCCAGCGCGACGACGCGCUCCGCCUCGCGGACGAGGGCCGCCUCGAGGGCAACUGCGCGCUCUGCCGCAAGGGCUUCGUGCUCCGGGACUGCGUCCUCGUGCGCCGCCCCGCGCGCGCGGAGGCGCCCGCGGACGACGGCGCCGCGCCGGCCGCGGCGGCGCCCGCGCCGGCCGGCGAGGCCCCGGACCCGCGGCGGCCGCCCGAGUGGACGCCGUGCGGCGACGCGGACCUCGACGCGCUCGAGCUGCCCCGCGGCGGCCCCGCGCGCCUCGCGAACCGCCACCUCACGCCGAACAUCCCCAACGCGCUCGGCGCGCACCUCGAGGCCGCGCGCGAGGUCCCGUCCGCGAAGAUCGCCCGGCUGCUCCGCGACAUCGACGCGGCGAUCCGCGGCAAGGUCAACGAGAAGGUCGUCGUCGUCACGUCGAUCAAGCCGGCCGUGCGCCACGUGUCGCUCGCGCUCGACCGCGCGGGGCUCAGGCACGUCACGCUCAGCCGGGGCGACAGCGCCGCGGCGCUGAGCGCCGCGGUGCGCGAGUGGCGCGAGCGCGACGACUGCGCCGUCUUCGUCCUCCACGCGGGCGCGGCCGCCGCGGGCCUCACGCUCACGGCCGCCGCGCACCUCUUCCUCCUCGAGCCGUUCCUCAGCGUCGGCGAGGAGGCCCAGGCCAUGAACCGGUGCCACCGCAUCGGCCAGCAGCGCGACGUCAGGACGACGGCCUACUACCUCCGCGGCACCGUCGAGGAGCGGCUCCUCGCCUACCGCGCGCAGGGCGCGGCCGGCGACGGCGACGCGACGACCGCGCUCUCCGUGCUCGCGACGGGCGGCGACGCGACGAAGAUGCCGCACCACAAGCUCCGCUACGAGCUCGUCAUCGGCCGGUCUCGGAGCUGCGGCGUCGUCGUCAACGACAGCGCGAAGAUCAGCGGCAAGCACGUGUCCGUCUCCGCCGUCGACGAGAGCGUCGUGCUCACGAACUAUUCGAGCAACGGCGUCUACAUCGCCGGCGACGGCGCGCGCUUCUCGGCGACGCGCGUGCCGCGCGCGCUGCGCGCGGGCCAGACCUUCAGCCUGCUCCACCCGAAGGCCUUCGCGGGCUACGCGUUCGUCGUCGACGCCGCGCCGCCGGAGCCGACGCCCGACGACUCGCCGGACUCGCCGACGUCCGUCGCCGCCGCGGAGGACGUCGACCACGGCGCGCCCGCGCUCGAGCCCUACGGCGCGCUCGACGGCGUGUCGCGCCACCUCUUCGCGCCGCCGCCGCGCGCCGCGUCCGCCGCGGAGGAGCGCGCGAUCGCGGCCCGCUGGGCCGCGCCGGCGCCCGUCGCCGCGCCGGAGCGCGCGCGGCGCCCCGCGGCGGCCGGGGAGCCGCCGGCGAAGCGCGCCAAGGUCCUGUCGCCCCUGAAGCGCCACGUCAUCGAGCGCGUCGACGGCCACUACAGCGACGACGAGACCGAGUACCGCACGCGGGACCGCGCGUCGCCCGCGUCGCCGCCGCGGCCCGCCGCGGCCGCGGCGCUGUCGGUGCUGAGCUGGAACCUCGGCGGCGAGAACCGCGGCGGCCGCGGCGCGCAGGUCCGCGCGAUCGCGGCCGUCGCGAGAGUCGUCAACGCCGCGUGGGCGGCCGCGCGCGCGCGGCCCGGCGGCGCGCUCGUCGUCGCGUUCCAGGAGGUGCCCGUGGACGGCGCCGUCGACGCGCGCUACCGCUUCCACGAACUCCUCGCGCUGGGCCUCGACCGCGGGCUGCGCUGGGUCGACGGCGACGCCAUGGCCGCGUCGCCGCUCGAGCGCGGGCCGUUCCGCGGCCGCGCGAUCCUCGCGUCGACGAACGUCGCCGUCGCCGACGCCGGCCACGCGGUGUUAGACGGCUGGGACCCGGACGCGAACGCCGCGGCGCCGCGGACGCUGCCCUACGUCGACCUGCGCGUCCGCGGCGCGGGCACGGACCAGGCCGCGCGCGUCGUCCUCGGCUGCGUCCACGUGCGCUGCGGCGACCGGACCAUGCGCGCGGCCGCGCGGCGCUGGCUCCGGCGCUGGGGCGGCGGCGGCGGCGUCGACGCGGCGCUGCUCUGCGGCGACUUCAACGAGGACCUCCGCGACAUGGCGGCGGGCCCGGACAACGCGUGGCGGCGCACGAACCUCCGCGUGCUCUGGCCACCGGGCGGCCUCGACGCCAGGGGCUGGCGCUGGGGCUCGUACCACGGCUACCACAACGACAAGAAGGCCUGGACGACGAAGGGCCGCGUCAUCGACGGCGCCGUCGCCUUCGGCCGCUCGGAGAGCGUCCGCGUCGACGGCGCGGAGCUCAUGGGCGUGCCGCCCGAGGCCGCGGAGGCGGACGAGGACGACCACGACGCGCUCGCGGACAUGCUCGCGGACGCGCCCGCGGACCACUUCCCCGUGCGCACGGACCUGACGAUCUCCUUCCUCCCGGAGCGCCGGCGGCCCGUCGACGACCUCUGCGACAGCGACUCCAGCGAGUGGCUCGGCCGGUACGAAGUGCUCUACGACGACGAUAACGAGACGGAGUUUAUGUUUCUCGCGCCGGUCGACGCCGAGGGCGUCGCGCGAGCGCGCGGCGCGCCCUGCCGCCUCAUGGACGCGACGCCGCCGGUCGAGGACGUCGCGCGGGACGUCGCCGAGGGCACGCGCGUCGAGGUCUACUGGGACCGCGAGGACCGCUGGUACGCGGGGACCGUCGCGGACCGCUGCGAGGAGACGGCGGGCACAUUCCUCGUCGAGUACGACGACGGCGACUCCGAGAUGAUCACGUUCGCGGCGAGGGACGCGCACGGACGCGUCCGCCGCGGGCCGCCGUACCGCGUCAUUGACGACGCAUCGACGCCGCGGCCCUCGCGGCCGCCGAGCCGGCGCGUGCCUCGGCCCUGGAUCGCCGCCGCGCGCCUCCCGAGCCAGUGA